GGCACCAGGACGCCGCUUCGCCCACAAAACCCACCAGUACAGGCCUGUACCAUGUGUGUGCUAAAGCGCUUUUCCCACCUGCAUGCGAGCAAGUGAGCCACCGCGGCCACGAUCGAAGAAAAAGUGCGCGAACUAAAUUAACUCUUCGACACUUGAUUAAUUAAACGCCGGUUGGUUCGACUCCCCUGGAAAAAUCGUCAAACUGGCUGCGUUUUCGGAAAAACUAAAAUGUGGUCUGGUGCGUGUUGCGUGCGGCGUAAUCUAAUCGAAAACACUGUGAUUAUGUGUUAACAUAAAUGCCUGCGAUUUGAGCUAAAGACUUGCUUCCACGUGAAAAUGGAGCGGUUGUUGCUGGUGGUCGCCCUGGCCGGAGUCGUAACAGGCUACCACCACGUCAGCCAGAAACCGCCCCGCAUCACCGAGCAUCCCGUCGACACGAUCGUGGCUCGCCACGAGCCCGCCACCCUCAACUGCCACGCCUCCGGGGAGCCGGAGCCCACCAUCACGUGGUUCAAGGACGGCGCUCCGGUGCGCACCCACCCGCAGGACGCCAGGUCGCACCGCAUGCUGCUGCCAGCAGGAAACCUGUUCUUUUUGCGGAUGGUGCAGAGUAGGAAGGAGUCGGACACGGGGGUGUACUGGUGCGAGGCGACCAACGCGCUGGGGAAGGCUCGCAGCAGGAACGCUACGUUGACGGUUGCAGUUUUACGCGACGAAUUCCGCUUAGAGCCCCAAAGCGCCCGCGUAGCGGCUGGAGAAGCCGUCGUUAUGGAAUGCGUCCCACCCAAAGGAACCCCCGAGCCCCAAGUCCAAUGGAAAAAGGACGGAAAAGAACUAGUCGUGGAAGGCCGGCUCAAACUCGUCGACGGCUCGAACCUCGCCAUCACCGAAGCCAAACCGGCAGACGACGGGAGGUACCAGUGCGUGGCCAAGAACACCGCAGGGAUCCGGGAGUCGACAGUCGCUGUUCUUAAAGUUUUAAUUAAGCCGUAUUUGGUGAAAGCUCCAGAAGACACCGUCGCUUUAGUCGGGUCUACGGUCGACUUCGCGUGCGCGGUAGGCGGCGACCCUCUCCCCGACGUCCUCUGGCGCAGGACCUCAGCGGGAGGAACCAUGCCCCUAGGGCGAGUCCAUGUCCUGGAAGACCGCACCCUUCGUCUGGACGGCAUCACCCUCCUAGACCAAGGUCUAUACACCUGCGAAGCCGACAAUUUCGCCGGGGUUAUCAGCGCUACGGCAGUCCUAACAGUCCACGCUCUACCCACGUUCAUAAAUCGCCCCCUAGCCCAAACUAUAGAGUCCGGGCGCGACGUGUCUUUCCACUGCAACGUGGAAGGCAGCCCUAAACCCUUCAUCUUCUGGUCCUUCGAGGGAGAUCGCACCUUAAUCUACCCCGGAACCGCCUCAGGCAACUACCAAGUCUUCACAACCGCAGACGGCCGCUCAACCCUAACCCUCAAAAACGCGCAACCUCAAAACUCCGGGACUGUGAUCAUCUGCUCAGCGGUGAACGCCGUGGGGUCUGCGUCCACGAGGACCCGGCUCACCGUCACGUCGAAAGAGGAGCGACCUCCGCCUGUUAUAAUCCGGGGACCGGUUAACCAGACUCUCCCGAUUAAUUCCGUCGCGGUACUAUCGUGUGAAGCGAUAGGUAACCCGACUCCGGUGAUCUCCUGGUACAAAGAAAGUCUUCCUGUGACGUCGUCGGAUAGGAUAAAUGCGUCAAACCCCGGACUGGUGGAGAUCUACCACUUGGCGAAAGACGACUCUGGGGUGUACACGUGUGUGGCGUCGUCACGUAGCGGGAAAGCCACGUGGAGUGGGCACCUCCUGGUCGAGAACCCUAAAAACCCCAACAUAAACUUCUUCAAAGCACCGGAAGCCAUAAUGCUUCCUGGUCCUCCGAGUCGGCCGCAUGCUCUCAACCAGUCGGAAGGAAGCGUCACCAUCACCUGGGGCCAAAACAACAAAAUCGGGUCCUCGAGUUUACUAGGUUACCAGAUUGAGUUGUUCGGGCGCGAGGAAGGUGUAACCCCGACGUGGACCGUGGUCGCCAGGAGAGUCCCCGGUCCUACGUUCACCCAACACCUUUUGACACCCGCAGUCCCGUACACGUUUCUGGUACGUGCAGAAAACGGCCACGGGUUAGGACCCCCUUCAAAACUCUCCGAUAUUAUUAUAGUCGGGCCGGAUACCGCUCAAAACUGGGGGAAUCCAGAAGUGACCGAGUUAAGCGAAGCCAGAGCUAAUUUAAUCUCCGGGAACGUCGUCAAACUGACUGAAGCGAUUCCCAUUCUCUCGACUACGAUUAAACUCGGAUGGGAAAUCCUGGAUGCUCAAUAUGUCGAAGGCUUGUACAUUUAUUGCAUCACUCUUGAUAGUCCCCCAGGUCUGCCUAAACCCUACAGCAUGUUCACUGUCCUCCAAUCAGGAGGAGCCUCAAGUUUUCCUGUCAAUAACCUAAACAAAUGGUCAAGAUAUGAAUUCUUCCUUGUGCCUUUUUACAAGACUGUCGAAGGACAACCUUCCAAUUCGAAAACUGUCCGAACUCUAGAAGACGUGCCUAUGGAAGCCCCCACCGAUAUGGAAGCCCUACUUUUAAACUCGACGGCUGUUUACUUAAAAUGGAAACCCCCACCUUCUGAUGUUCUGAAUGGAGAGCUAUCCGGCUUCAGAGUUGAAGUUAAAGUCAAUGGUACUAAUAUAACUGACACGAUUAGUGUUGGAAAUAACCCCAAUCUUUUACUCGGGAACUUAACGGCUGGAGUGAGUUACAAUGUGAGGGUGGCAGCAACCACGCGAGCGGGAAUAGGACCUUUUACGGCUGCCACCAUAAGACUGGACCCAGCAUCCAGAAUCAACGACCACCACCAACAAAGACCUAUCGAUAUGCAAUCCGGGGAUUUCAUCACCGAGACUUGGUUCAUGGCGCUUUUAAUCAGUAUGGUAUCAGUGAUGGUACUUCUCUUCGGUGCUAUGUUGCUAGUGCGGCGGCGACAAAUGUUAACCAAGAAAACCAUGACCCCUAGUCGCUCGAACGGUGGCGUUUUAACCACACCUUUAGCUUCCAAAACAGAAACUCCGCUUUGGCUAGACAAGGACACGCUUCCAGAUUAUUCAGCGACUCUUCCAGAAUAUUCAAAACUGACGGCGCAGCCGGAACGCGGCGGAAGCAUAAACCUGCACCCGAACCCGUUACACCAGAAAGAGUAUACCAGACCCGACCAUCUGGACUACGGAUCCGAGAAGAGCUACCCAAUCGGUGCACGCAAAUUUAAGGACUAUAACGACAUGCAAGUCCAAGAAUACGCAAGCCCGAAUUUGGACUCAACUAGGACUUCGCAGAUUGCCGAUUAUGCGGAAGUGGACGCCAGUAUGGUUGUACCCAACGGUGGACCCACCUCACCGGCUCCUUAUGCUACUACUACGUUAAUUACUGGAGGAAGACGCAUGGGUAACUCAAUGGUUUGGAUGCCAAACUCGUCGGCGCACUCCCCUGAAGAGGAACCCCCGUACCCCUCCUCCAACGGUGGCUACUACAACCGCAAAGUAUACUCCGAUUCGUAUUUCGCGCCAACGCAGACCCUCCGACGAACCAAGAAGGAUCGCAAAUCGUCCAAUGAGAACCCGCCAGAUCUGGUUUCUCCCACGCAACCGGUUUACGCACGUGUUGGUCCUCCGGGUUUAUCGUGGAGGAACGCAACGCCAUCUUUGAGUAGUUUUACCCCUCAUAAACAGGUUUAUCACCCCUCGACUAGGAGUGAACCUGGCAACAUGUUGUGAAUUGAGUGAUUUUGUUGGUUAUUGAGAACAAGAAUCAGUAUUAAUACACUUGUUACUAAUGUGUCUUCUUAUGUUUGUCUACGAAAGACUGACAGAAGAAAAAUUGUUUUUAUUGCGUCUAGUCAUUGAAUCUGUUCUGAGCGUGGAUCUGUGUAUUGAAUAUUUAAUAAAUGAUCUUGAAAAGGUCGCGUCUACUCGUCCAUUUUUCUGAUGCUUGGUUCAUAGUUAAACCCUUUACACGAAAACUGUAUCCUUAAUAUUUAAAUUGUAUAAAGAAACAUAUCAAGGAGUUAUGUAAAAAUUGUGACUGUUUGUAAAAUAAUUCUGUAGGGUAGUUAUGGGAUGAGUUAGGUUACUUCAAGUCCAAGUUGACGACGAAUUCACCAAGGCGCUUGGUCUACAGAACACUUAAAACUAUCUAUCCUCGAAAAUAAAUACCCCAUAUAGUCGAAAAUAUUUAAAACUAUUAAGUUGUAAAUUUAUUUGCAUGAGUCAUAAGUUGCAAACUAUAAAUAAUAGAUGACGUUAAGUAAAACCCCUCCACUGGAAUGUCGCCCAUGACCUUCAGAGUGAAGUUUGUGUGAAAAAAUAAUAAAAUAAAAAACUUGGAACAAUGCAUUUAAAACCAUCAACUAUUGUUAUUUAGAAUAAACAAGAUGCAAUAAAAUAUCUUAACCGCGUGCUUGCCUACUGCUAAAACUGAGUUGUUCUGCAGACUCGGCAAAUGGUGCUACUUGGAAAAAUUUGCGUUCGUUACUUUAAGUCUUCCUUUCCGUUCGUCGAUUGGUUGAUGUAAAAAACAUGCUCAUUAUAUUUUUAUAAAUAACGUGCCAUUGUAUAUGUUAUACCAUGUAUGUACAGUAUUU